ACGACCAGUACAAAAUUAAAAAAUUCCCGGUGUUGACAGUAGUCCAAUAUGCGAGCCGUUCUCGUCCCGGCGCAGCACGAGCCCCUUGGACGCGAAGCCGACCUCGCGGCGGCUCGCCUGGAAUCAUGCGAUGACGGGCGUCUCCCGCCGCUGUUCCAUGCCCACCUCCUGCGCCACGGCCUCCUCCUCCUCCCGUUCCACUGGAACGCCCUGACACGCGCCUACCUCCGCCACGGCUCUUCCCGCUCCGCACUCUGCGUGGCAGCCCACAUGUUCCGCUGCGCCGCACAUCCCGAUCGCUACACUUUCCCGCUCGCACUCAAGGCCGCGGCCCAGGGCGAGCCCCCCAUCUCCAGCUUGCGCCGUCAGUUCCACGCUGCCGCCGCCAAGCGCGGCCUCGCGCGCCACCCCUUCACCGAGAGCGCGCUCAUCAGCUGCUACUCAAAGGCUGGCGACCUGGAUGCCGCCCGCAGGGUGUUCGACGAAAACCCUCACAGGGGACUCGGUUCAUGGAACGCCAUAAUAAGUGGCCUCUCUCAAGCUGGGGAGUCGAAAGAGCCGUUGGCAUUGUUUGUCAAGAUGCGGAGGUGUGGCGUUGUACCAGAUGAUCUGACCAUGGUGAGUCUUGUGUCGUCUUGCUGUGCUGUUGGGGAUAUUGGCUUGGUGGAGCAGCUGCACAAGUGCAUGCUACAAUGCAAGCACUCGAGCCGGCUCGAUGUGACGCUGUCCAAUGCGUUGAUCGAUAUGUAUGCCAAGUGUGGCCGCACAGACCUUGCAGGAAGGGUUUUUGAGAGAAUGCCUCUUAGGGAUGUGUCGUCUUGGACAACCAUGAUUACAGGACUUGCAACACAUGGUGAGGAACAGCGCGCAUUAAAGAAGUUUGAUGAAAUGAAGAGCGAAGGGGUGCCACCAAACAGGGUGACGAUGUUGGCGGUGCUCUCUGCUUGCGCACACAGAGGACUGGUUGAUACUGGGAUGGGUUUGCUGAAGCAAAUGGAAGAUGGAGAGAUUAAGGUAGCACCAACUGUUGAACAUUACGGGUGUCUGGUGGAUUUGCUUGGCAGAGUUGGGUGGGUGGACGAUGCACGUGCUUUAGUGGAACAUAGAAUGCCGAUGGAGGCAAACGUGGUGAUAUGGGGAACAUUGCUUGGUGCAUGCGAGAAGCACGGCAAUGUGAGCGUUGGUGAGUGGGCGGCAGAGCGGCUACAGGAGGCUGAGCCAUGGAACGACGGGGUUUAUGUAGUGCUGUCCAACGUAUAUGCUGCUGCUGGAAUGUGGGGUGAGGUAGAGAGGGUGAGGAAGAUGAUGUCAGGGAGGAAAGUUACAAAGUUUCCGGGCUGCAGCCUAUGAUUGGUUUGUUGUUGUAACUGUUGUUAUGGCUAGUCUCCUUGAUGCACAAUUACACAUCCUCGUGACACUUGGCGAUUACUGCAGUUAUCAGCUAAAAUCCUAUCCAAGAGGUAUUGUGUAACUCGAAA